GUUGGCAUUUUAAAGUUUGUUGUUGGCAAACGAAACGCAUAACAGUCUGGCAACUACGUCAGCGGAGACAGAGAAAAUUUGUUUUGUGAGUUGAAACGGCACAAAAAACGGCGCUCAAUAUAGAACAAAAAAAAAUGAGCAAGCAAACAAUUAACAAAUAGCGCGCGUCGUGUGUUUUAUUUCUGUUUAUUUGUUAUUAUUUUGUAAUUUUUUAAAAGCAAUUCGCGUACGCGUUUCAAGCUAGUGUCUUUUGUGUCUGAGCUUUUUGUAUUGGGAACGGAAAACUUCGCUUCGUGAGUUUUGGUGGGGGUGGUGGUGGUGUCCGUGGAGGGAGGGUGUUGCGAAAAGUUCGCAUAGUGUAUAUAAGUGAGUGUCAGUGAGUGUGCUCCGGGAAUCAAUAUCGAUGGUACGCACCAAAAACCAAUCGUCCUCGUCCAGCGCCAGCAGCAGCACCAAAUCGCCGGUCAAGAUCAGUGGAGGCGGGGGCGGAGGUGGCAGUGGUGGAGGUGGCAAUCGUAGUCGCAGCUGUAGUGAAGCAUUAAUCGAUGACAGCAAAUCCCAAACGAAAUUGUCGUCAAAGCGUACAACAAUAACAACAACAACGCCUGGCAGCUCACCAGACGACGAUACCACCGAUGAUGCGGAUUUAACACCAACGAGUGGCAACGCCCCGUUGCGUAGCGGUGGCAACUCAGUCCAUAAGCAGAAUCUUUACGUUGUUUCAUUUCCCAUCAUCUUUCUGUUCAACGUAUUGCGUUCGCUGAUCUAUCAGCUGUUUUGCAUUUUUCGUUAUUUAUACGGUGCCAGCACAAAGGUGAUCUAUCGCAGUCCACAUCGACGCGACUGCAACAUUGAGAUUGUUGUACAGAAUUCCAAGGAGCAACAACAAGCCAUCAGCUGUCGUCCACUGGAACACCGCUCUGAGGCAGAGCAGACGACACAUACACAGACACUGCCCCAGCGACAACGCGCUCUCCAACCGCUAGAGAUGGCAGCCAAUCGGGGUAAUGGUGGCUAUUCACCAGGACCAGGUGAUCCAUUGUUGGCCAAGCAGAAGCAUCAUCAUCGUCGCGCCUUCGAGUACAUUUCAAAGGCACUCAAAAUUGAUGAGGAGAACGAAGGUCACAAGGAGCUGGCCAUUGAGCUGUACCGCAAGGGGAUCAAGGAGCUGGAGGAUGGCAUUGCCGUUGACUGCUGGAGCGGACGCGGAGAUGUCUGGGAUCGUGCCCAGCGACUGCACGACAAAAUGCAAACGAAUCUCUCAAUGGCACGAGAUCGUCUCCACUUUCUAGCAUUGCGUGAGGAAGAUUUGCAACUGCAGCGCUUAACGCUGAGGGAGCAGCAACUGAAGCAACAAAAGGAGCAGCAAAAGGUGCAACAACAACAGAAAUUGCCCAUGCUAAUUGCAGGCAGUGGCAACGGCAUUUCCAACAGAAUCAGCUCGGAGAAUUCCAAAUUAAAACUCCGCAGCAGCGGCUAUGGACCUAAAACUACAACCAGCAGCUCAAUUUCCACCUCCACUUCCAGUGCAGCCACAUCCAGAGUUGCAUCAGCGGCCUCUGGACGCAAGUUAACCAUUGGCAAUAAGCGUCCUGGUAAUUUGGCCGUGGUCAAUAAAUCUCAAACGUUACCACGUAAUCUUGGCUCAAAGACAACCUCAACAACUGUGGGCGCCGCAUUGCAACGUCAGCCCGGAAAAACAGCUGCCACGCCCCCUGCAGUGCGUCGACAAUUCUCCUCCGGCCGUAAUACUCCGCCGCAACGCUCCCGUACGCCGAUAAACAACAAUGCUAGCGGCGGCAGCGGCGCCAGCACGCCGUUGGUGACCGUUAAGGGCGUAGAACAGAAGCUGGUGCAGCUCAUAAUGGACGAGAUUGUCGAAGGUGGCGCCAAGGUGGAAUGGACAGACAUUGCCGGGCAGGAAGUGGCCAAACAAGCGCUACAGGAGAUGGUCAUACUGCCCUCCGUGCGUCCCGAACUAUUUACGGGUCUGCGUGCACCUGCCAAGGGAUUGUUGUUAUUUGGGCCACCUGGCAAUGGGAAGACGUUGUUGGCCCGUGCGGUUGCCACCGAGUGCAGCGCCACGUUCCUAAACAUCUCGGCUGCCUCGUUGACGAGCAAAUACGUCGGAGAUGGCGAGAAAUUGGUGCGUGCUCUGUUUGCCGUCGCUCGUCACAUGCAGCCAUCGAUAAUCUUUAUUGAUGAGGUGGAUUCCCUGCUCUCGGAGCGCAGCAGCAGUGAGCACGAGGCAUCGCGUCGUUUGAAAACGGAAUUCCUAGUGGAAUUCGAUGGUUUACCGGGCAAUCCCGAUGGCGAUCGUAUUGUGGUGCUGGCAGCUACCAAUCGGCCCCAAGAGCUAGACGAGGCUGCACUGCGUCGCUUUACCAAGCGUGUCUAUGUCACACUGCCGGACGUGCAGACACGUGAACUGCUGCUAAAUCGUCUGCUGCAAAAACAGGGCAGUCCGCUGGAUACGGAAGCCCUACAACGUUUAGCUAAAAUCACCGAUGGUUAUUCCGGCUCGGAUCUGACAGCGCUGGCCAAGGAUGCCGCCUUGGAGCCCAUACGUGAGCUAAAUGUGGAGCAGGUCAAGUGUCUGGAUAUAAGCGCCAUGCGUCCCAUUACCGAAAAGGAUUUCCACAAUUCCUUAAAGCGCAUCCGGCGAUCGGUGGCGCCACAAAGUCUCAAUUCGUAUGAGAAAUGGUCACAGGAUUAUGGAGAUAUUACCAUUUAGAUCUUUCUUUUCUUUACGGCUAACAGUCUUGUUCAACAUUAUGUGAUGUGAGUCUGAAGGAAUUUUCUACGUUAUUUUCCACUAGUUUUUCAUCAUUGACUCGUAUUUUUUAAUGUUUCAAGUAUUUAGCUUUUUACUUAAUAAUUGUUCACACACAAACUUUGUUAAUUUAUAUUAAUUAUGUGAAUAUGGAAUUGAAAUUCAUUUGUUUAAUGUUUUAGAAACUACAUAUUAUAUGUCUAAGCAGAUUUUCAUACUCUUUUCCAAAUGCUAUAUGUUCAAAAGAUGUUCAGACAUACAUUAACCAUAAGUCACAAUGUCUAAAUAUAUAUAAUACAAUUAAUUUUAGAUUAUACUCAUUUAUAUCUUUAAAAUCAUCCAAUGUUUUCAAUCUAUUCGCUAAUUGUUUAAGUCAAAUAUUUGUUGAAUGUAUUUCUCAUUUCAUUAAAAAUUCUUACCUCUUUUUUGUACCUAUAUCUAUAUCUAUACCAUAUAUAAAAACAUUCCAUGUAGUUGUAAUAUUAGUUUACUGUUUAAAAGCUUAGUUUAAUUGUAAAGUGCAGCUCAGUUGGCAUUUUAAAUACUUUUGUUGUACAGUUUACAUGCCAUAUACACUACGCUAUAUAAUCGUAAUACCUAUAUUGUUUUAGGGUACACCAAUCCUUCCCAAAAUUAAAACUACAAUUACACGUAAUCGUAGACCUAAGCAUAGUCGUAAGCCAAAACGCGCAUCACAAAAAAAAACACGAUUACAGUUUUCAACUUGAAAAAUUUAAGUUUUAGCAAAUAGCAAAAACAUUUAACUAGUUAUUAGUUCCUCAAAUAUUGUACAAUAGAGCUACCGUUGCUGUUUAUCUUAUAAAAAAAAUACCCAUUAAUACGGCUAUCAUUUAUAAAACUGUUACCAAAAUAUUGUACCUAGAAAUACACCACACACACACACACACUCACAAACAUUGCUUACGACGCUAAUUAACAGCAAAAAAUUUAAAAAACAAACUAUAGUUUUAAACCUGGUUAAAAGCAACCCAGUAAAUACAUAAGCUAAAGCGCUAAAUAAAAAGGAUUUCAACUGAUAAAAAU